AUGUCACUUUCACAUUUCUUUCAAGUCUUUAAAAAAGCAUUUGGCUUCGUUUCGCGACGGGGGAGUCAACCAAAUUCCACACUUCCGGAGGAACUAUGCAUUCGUCAGUUUUCACUAGCAGAGAUCAAAGCUGCGACUUCCAACUUCGAUGAAGGCUUUAUUAUUGGUAUAAGUAAUUUUGGAUCUGUAUACAAAGGGGUUAUAGAUGAUGGGACCUUUACAGUUGCUAUCAGACGCGUGAAAUUUAGUCUUAGUGCGUUCCGAACUGAAGUGGUAUUCCUUAGCCAGCUGAACCACUUAAAUGUUGAAUCUCUUAUUGGAUUCUGCAAUGAGAAGGGGGAAACAAUCCUUGUUUAUGAAUACCUGAGCAAUGGGUCGCUCUUUAAUUGUCUCCAUGGUAAUGGUAUCAGUUGUAAUCCAAUUCCCUGGGAAAAGAGGCUACAAAUCUGCAUUGGUGCAGCGCGUGGAUUACAUUACCUUCAUACCGGAGUAAGGUUAGGUCCUCAUAGCAUGUCACAAGCUUCAACUAAAAAAGAGUCACUAGAUGUGAUGGCUACUUUAGGAUACCUUGAUUCAGAAAGUCUGUCAGGAAAAAUUGAUGUCUAUGCAUUUGGUGUUGUCUUACUCGAAGUAAUUUGUGGUAAAACACCAGUCUUUGAAGCAAAUGGUCAGAAAAGAUCUCUGGCUGCCUGGGCAAAUUGGUUUUUCAAGAAUGGGACCAUUUAUCACAAUAUUGAUCCAUAUUUAAAGGGGAGGAUAGCCCCAGAGUGCUUCAACAAGUAUGUGGAGAUUGCUAUGUCUUGUAUCUCUUAUAGCGCAGAUGAACGACCAUCCAUUGGGGAAGUAGAGGCGACUCUACAGGAUGCACUGGAACUGCAGAAGAAAGCAGACUCUGAAAUGAAAAGUAUAAUUCCUCACAGCGAGGUCAUAUUUAGUGCCCUUCUUAUAGUAGAGAUAACACAGCCCGGUGCUCCACUAGGUCUAAUGAGCACAAAGGCAGGCAGGGCCGGUGACUGA